AUGAUCAACACAUCCUCAGUUCACAUAGUUUUAAUGUUAUAUAUGUUGGAGUGUUGAGCAUUGAGCAGGGAUUGGAGAAAAGUUUUGGGACUGUUGGAGGACGAUUGGUGCAACUCAAGAAGAUGUUAAAGGGAAUGACAAGAGAUGAUAACCCUCAGUCUGAGGAUAGUGAGGCACUUGAGCAUAACUUGAAAGAUGAUGGUGGAGAUGGUGAUGACAGGGGAGUUGGUGCCAAAGUUAGAGCAAGAGCUAGAGGUGUUUUUGUUGCAUGUUAA